UUACUUGCUAGAAUGAUUUUCGAAUCCGGGGGAAAACCCGGAAUGUUUUGGGGAAUUUUACCAGCAUGGAUCGUCCCUCGUCCUCAACAACUGUCAAAACUGAAACCAAGAUGCCUAUUGUAGUGACAAGUAUGAAAUCGGGUUAUGUGGGGCAGCCUGUUGGAGUAUCACACCAUUUUACAGCUGCUGGAAUGGAAGUGCAAGGAUUGAGUAUAUCAAUAGACGAAGCUGCCAGCGUUUCAACAGACAUGGUUGUUUCAGUAGAAGAACAAGCUGAACCUGAAGAUACAGAUAUAAAGGAUGUGAAACAUGUACCUGACAGAAAGAAAAAAUCACGAGUUUAUUCACAAAAGUUCCGAAAAAGUUGGAAGGAACUACCAGAGUUUGAGGGCUGGUUAAGUGAAGGAAAUGCCCAUGAUAAAGCAUAUUGUGUUGCAUGUAACAAAGAAUUGGUGGCCGGGAAAUCAGAAUUGUUAAAACAUGCUGGGUCAAAAAGACAUAAAAGAAGAUAUAAUGAUAUGCAGUCAAAUAUAUCCGAUCCAAUAGAACUGUCCAAUACAAUUGAUGAACCAGGACUAUCUCACACACUGAGAAUUAUUGAUUUACGAAGUGACACUGUGACCCGUCCAAGUAAAGCUAUGAAAGAUGUUAUGUAUGAUGCCUUAGUAGGUGAUGAUGUUUUUCAGGAAGACCCUACUGUCACUGCUCUUGAAAGGAAAGUUGCAGCUCUGUUGGAAAAGGAAGCAGCUUUGUAUGUUCCAUCAGGAACUAUGGCCAAUCUUAUCUGUGUAGUGGCAUAUACGUGGCGGAAAGGCUCUUCAACCUGUGGGGGCGACCGGUCGUGCCUCUACCUAAGUAGUGAAGGGGGAAUCACAGAAAAUUUAGUUGGGGGCGUUCAUCACCGCACAAUAAAGAAUUUGCCUGAUGGAACUUUCUCACUAUCUGAAUUGCGAACAUUAAUUCGAGAUAAUAACCCAUAUUUUCCUGUUACUACUCUAGUCUGCAUUGAAAAUACACAUAGUAUGAAAGGAGGAAAGGCUUUACCUUUAGAAUGGCUGGAUGAGUUAGGAGAAAUGUGUCGUGACCUAAAUCUUCCAAUACACGUGGACGGAGCCAGAUUGAUGAAUGCAUCGGUAGCUUUGGGAAUGAAUCCAAGUCGUCUAGUUGCAUCAUGUGACUCAGUUGCCUUAUGCCUUAAUAAAGGCCUUGGUGCACCAAUGGGUUCCCUUGUAGUUGGAACAAAAGAUUUUAUUGCAAGGGCAUUAAGAAUACGGAAAGUAUUAGGAGGGGGUUUACACCAGUGUGGUAUGAUGGCUGCUGCUGGUAUUUUUGCAUUAGACAAUGUGGUUCCAAGGUUAGCUUGGGACCAUAGUCAUGCAAGGGCAAUUGCACAAAGUGUGUCAGAGGAACAUAGUAGUGCAGUCACUGUAGAGCUCAAAGGUGUCCAGACAAAUGUGGUUUUGUUACAGUGUGAUAAUAUUAGAGUUAACGCAAAAAAACUUUGUCAGAGACUGGAAGUUGUACCAGAGAGAGAAUAUGAAGACCUGGGUGAGAAAAUAGCUGUUUUAAUGAUGCCAAUUUCGGAUUCAGUAGUCCGAUUUAUGACUCACUGUGAUAUUAAAAAAGAAGAUGUAAAAGCAGUUUGCAAAAAAUUAAAGUAUGUUAUUCAAGAAUAUGAUAAUAUGAUGUAUUUAGAAUACAAGAUUAAUGUAUGACAUUAGUUGUUUUUAUAUAAAAAAUAUAUAAACUGUUAUCUGAUUUGGAAGUUUAAUUAAUAAAAAAUACUAAACUU